CUUCAACCGAUUUCCAUCCAUGAUGAUGUGUCCAUCCAUCCAUCCAUCCAUCCAUCCACUCAUGCAGAGACGAGCCACCACACAUCCGUCGUCCAUUCAGUCACUGACUGUACAGCCCACGAGAGACAGACAGAUAUGUGCACGUGGUAGUGGUCGGCUCAUCAGUCGGUGUUCUCGCUGUUGUCAACUGGGUUCAUCACCUCCUGCACAGAACACACACAUUCGCCGCUGUGCACACAUCCGCAUCCCUGCGCUGCCCAUCGAGUGAGCUGACCUUGAAGUACUGCCUGAAUUUCUUCUCUUUGUAGCCGUCGUUGACACCUCCGCAUUGGACCGAGUACACGCGCACGCGAUAGUUUUGCUCGAGCAAGAGGAACUUCCGCUCGAACUCCCUGCAGUCAACACACACACACACACACACAGACAUCCAUCCAUCCAUCGACCCGCCCGCCCGUCCACGAGUGACAUACCCUCUCGUCAUCUGUUUGAUCUCCUCGUUGGUGAAAGGUUCGCGUGUGGCGUACACGUCCCCACCCCCGACGUCGCUUUUGACCAGGUGCUGCUGGUCGCUGGGCCGCCCCGACCUGCAAAGAGCAAUCAGGACGAGGAGUUUGCUGACUGAAUGAAAGCGCCACAUACCAGUACUCGAUGAACGCCUCGUUUCCAUCACUGACAAAGACCACAAGACAGCCACAACAGUUCGUCUGGUCUGUGUUCUUUGUGAGCAUUGUCUCUCUGUCUCUCAGUCUCUUCUCUGUCUCUCUGUCUCUCUGUGGGGAUGUGUGUCUGGUUACGGUGCUUGACGGUAUCGUGUCUCUUGAUGACAGUACUGUCGGCUCGGUCGCUGCUCGAGGGGCUGUUGCUGCGCCCUCCCGCCGACUCGCUCUCCCGACUCACAUCCUGACCCCUGUACACAUCAAAGCAUAGCGAACAUCAACAUGAAGCGACGCAGAUGUGCCCAUCCCUCCGCUUGCGCCAUCUCUCACCGUUUCUGUGUGUUGGCUUCGACCUGCAUGGCACCGCUCGGCAGCGAUGGGGCCGGCAAGUGCGACGACGGCACAGGCACAGGCGCGAGGACCCCUCUCCCCUUUUCCUCCGCCGCCCUGUGACGAUCCCUGCGAGCGGCUUCCUUGUCGUGGCCCUUCCCACCGCGGUGGCUACGGCGGCUGUCCUUCUUGCGUCGCUUGGCUGGUGAGGAGAGGGACGAGGGGGGUUCGUGUUGCUGCGAUGGUUGGGCGGGCGGGAGACUGUGUGCCCGCUUCUUGUUUGGGGAGGGGUUACGGCUCUCAGAGAGUGAGGGGAAGUCAUUCUCUGCCAGUUGCGCCUCCUCCCUCUCAGCGUCAGCGUCAGCCUCCCUCCAGGCCGACUGCCGCUGCAGCGACUGCUGCUGCUGCUGUGGCUGUGGGUCUGGCUGCUCAUCCUCCUCCUCCUCCUGCUGCUGCUGCUGCUGCUGUUGAUGGUCUCCUAGUAGAUGGGAUCGGAGACUGGGCAAACACCUGCUUGAAACAGACAGACAGACAGGCAGACAGCAGGACACCACAGUGAAGCGACAGGCAGACAGACAGACAGACAGACAGACGGCAUGAAGGAUGUCGCUCACUGUGGUGAUGGUGCUGCUGCUGCUGCUGGUGCUGCUGGUGUUGCUUGCUGCUCCGUGAUGACACCUGACAUCGACUCAUCUUCUUCAUUAUCAUCCCACAGCGACUCAUUGUCUUCUUCCGCGCGACUCAUUCUCUCACUCACUGACUCACUGACUGACUGGGUGACGAUUCGCAGAUGAAUGUCUCUCUUGGAUCGAUGAACAGUCGUUGUGCGGCGGUGUGUACACGAGAGACCGACGCGCCUCUCCUGCAAUCGCAAACACACACAAAGGAAGUAUACACUGCUCG